AUGUUUUCGUUUCUUUCUUUCUUUUUCCUUUCUUUCUUUUUCCUUUCUGUCUUUUUUCUUUCUUUCUAUUUUGUCCAUACUAUUUUUUUAAUCUUCAACUCAUUCAUUUUCAUAUUUCUUACCGAUCUUUAUCUUUAUUUCAUUAUUUCGUUUUCCUUUCCUCAUUUACAACUCAUUUUUUCUUUCAUUUUCUUUAUUUAUUUCUCCUUCAUUCAUUCUUCUUCUAUUUUUUAUCUUUUUCUUUCAUUUUUUUUUCUUCUAAAUCUUUCUCAAUAUGUUUAUUUAUUUGUAAUAUUUGCCUUCGUUCAGUUUUUUCUUUUUCUUUUUCUCUUUCUUUCCUUCCUCUUUCCUUUUUGUUUUCCUCACUUUAUUUCCCCUUCAUUCUCUAAUCGACGCCCUCAUCGUUGUCUGAGGUGCUCUUUUUUCUUUUCCUUUCACCUUCAUAUAUACGUCAGUCGUAUCUCCGCCAUUUUGACUCCAUUUAUUUUACACAUUUUUCAUACAACACGUUGCCCCAGUAACUCUUUCCCUUCUCGCUUUGUUCUUUUUUUCUUCAUUUUUUUCACAGCCGACCAUCGCUCACGUAAUAAUAACGAUACUAAUGAUAAUUUUAUUUAUUUUCUCUUCUCUCAUUCCAACUAUAAUUUCUUUCUCUCUUUCUCUUUCUCUCUCUCACGAUCUAUCUAUCUAUCUAUCUAUCUAUCUAUCUAUCUAUCUAUCUAUCUAUCUAUCUAUCUAUCUCAUUCUGUUUCUGAUCCAUCUAUCUAUCUUAUCCAUCUAUCUAUCCCAUUUUGUUCUCUAUCUCAUUCUGUUUCUAAUCUAUCUAUCUAUCUAUCUAUCCCAGUUUGUUUUCUAUCUCAUUGUGUUUCUAAUCUAUCUAUCUAUCUAUCUAUCUAUCUAUCUAUCUAUCUAUCUAUCUAUCUAUCUAUCCCAGUUUGUUCUCUACCUCAUUCUAAUCUAUCUAUCUAUCUAUCUAUCUAUCUAUCUAUCUAUCUAUCUAUCUAUCUAUCUAAAGGGCCUCGAUCUAAGUGUCAAUCUGCCUUUCUUUCUCCAACCUCUCCAUCUCACAUCUUAUCUUUUUCAUAUCUAUCUAUCUAUCUAUCUAUCUAUCUAUCUAUCUAUCUAUCUAUCUAUCUAUCUAUCUAUCUAUCUAUCUAUCACCCUCUUUUCCUUAAUACAAAGCUUUAUAUGCCGGACUUCGUUUUCUAUCUUUCUUUAAUCUUCUUUCUUUCUUUAAUUUCCUUUCUUUUUUCUUUCUCCACCCUCGCAUUUCCUUCUUUCUUGAUCCUUUUCUUUCUUUCUUUCUUUCUUUAUUUCUUUCUUUCUUUCUUUCUUUCUUUCUUUCUUUCUUUCUUUCUCCACCCCCGGCUUUUCUUUCCUUCUCGAUCCUAUGAUUUCUUUCUUUCUUUCUUUCUUUCUUUCUUUCUUUCUUUCUUUCUUUCUUUCUUUCUUUCUCAUGGACUUAUGUCUUUCUCUCUCUGUCUAUCUAUAUGCUCCCCGUUCGUUCAUUCACAAUGA